AAAACAGCUGUACCGAGGACGGCAUAAACCGCCCCUCUUUACAGGAAAGCUAACGUCACUUUUACGGUUUAACAACCCUUCGACCCAGUUUAAACACACUUCCCAUUCCCUUCAUACAUCCAUUUGUCUGCCGGGUCGCCAUACUUGACUUAAUAUUCGAAGAGCCACCGUGUUUCCUCCCCCCUUUUGGUUUGAAGUGCCACUUCAAAGAAGAGUUGCCGUGGCGUUUGAAACACGACAUCUUUUCCCCGGAGAAUGAGGCGAACCUGAGCUGACUCAGAACGGGAAACUCGCUACUUGCGGCUCGUCAAACGCUCAGCAGCAAGUGGGAGUGUCUUUAAUGGAGGAACUUUUAUUUCAUUCUGCCAGCUUCAACAGGAAAGGAGAAUAAUACGACACAUACCUGCCCGCAUACGGUCGAGAGGAUGUUAUCGUGGCUAAAUAAGUGUCUAUGGGCAGACUGGAUUUGGUUUCCUGAAGGCCAUGGUUGGGCUGACUUCAAUGACCCCAAAGAUGACAUCGUCUUACCUCACGCUCUGGAUCUCUGGGCUUUCGUCCCCAUUGCUAUCUGUUUUCUGGUCAUUAGACCGCUUUUUGAAAGGUGGGUAGCAAUUCCUAUGGCAUCUGUGCUGGGUGUGAGUGACAAGAGACGUGUUUUUCCUCCCUUGAAUUCCACGCUGGAGGCCUAUUUCUGCAACAUAUCCAAGCACCCCACACAGAGCUCUUUAGAAAAGCUAAGUAAGCAAACAAGCUGCUCAGUUCGACAAGUCCAGCGAUGGUUCAGGCAGCGGAGGAACCAGGACCGUCCCAGCAAGAUAAAGAAGUUUCAAGAAGCCAGUUGGAGAUUCACCUUUUACUUGCUUGCUUUCUUCGCUGGCCUGGCAACCCUUGUUGAUAAACCAUGGUUCUAUGAUAUGACGAGGAUGUGGGAUAACUUCCCCAAAAUGCCAAUAUUACAGUCUCAAUACUGGUACUACAUGACUGAACUGGGCUUCUAUGUGUCCCUGAUUGUGAGCGUUGCAUCAGAUGUCAAACGUAAGGAUUUUAAAGAGCAAAUAGUUCACCACGUUGCCACCAUCGUCCUCCUCAGUUUCUCCUGGCUGGUCAACUAUGUCAGGGGCGGGACUUUGAUCAUGGUAGUACACGACGCAGCUGACUAUCUUAUGGAGUCAGCCAAGAUGUUCAACUAUGCAGGUUGGAAGAAGACCUGCAACUGCAUCUUCACAGUCUUUGCUGUUGUUUUCAUCAUCACCCGCCUCUUCAUUUUCCCUUUUUGCAUCUUACACGCCACAUGUGUGUACCCUUUGACCCUCUACAAGCCCUUUUUUGGCUUCUACUUCUUCAACGGGCUAUUGAUACUGCUGCUGGCUCUGCACGUCUUCUGGGCAGUGCUCAUCCUGCGCAUGGUCAUCAAAUUCCUCCCCGGCAACGGCAUAGUCGAGGACGAGCGGAGCGACAAAGAGGAGACAGAGUCUGACGAAGAAGAUGGUAGUGGCAAUGGUAAUAGAAGGAUGAAAAAUGGCCACAUGCAGAACGGCCAUGCUCCUCUCAACAACAACCGCAGUAAGAUGGACUGAGUGGACUGUGAGAGCAACUGUGCCAAAAAUCUGAGCCCUUCAAGUGGCACUUGGAAGGCAGCGAACGGGAGUGUGGCUUGGAGAGAGGCAACACACACACACACGCUCACACACUUACCUUACCUAAUAUUGAGCAAAGAACAUAUCAUGAUCAAGUGCCUUUGGUACUAAGGUGUCUUUUCUCAUUACCCAAUCACAUUUUGUUGUUGCCACACUGCUUGUAGCUUUUUCUUGUCACUGGAAGUCUUUUUGGAGCUGCUGAGGAUUGGACAGACAUUCCUUUCCCUGUGCAACAGUUUCUGAUGUGACACUGCAGCCUUUAAACCAAACGGCUUAUGGCUAAUUGCGCUAGUCUUCUCGGACCUUAGUAUGGACUAUUUGCGUUAGUUGCAGUAAUGCGCAGAGCAAAAUAAGUCAAGGGGGUUUAACAGUUGGUGAGCUGCCAUGGUCUAAACUGAGGAAUAAUUCAGUCUUGUUGUAAUUUUUCUUUGCCUUUCUCAAUACCAAACAAAACACAUUCACGGUCCAAAAUCAUUUUAACAUGUUGGUCUUGCUGAUGUUUCAAUUUAUAUAUUUUAUAGUUCAUAUGAUUUUUGCUUUCAAUUCCCAUUUAAAUGAGAAAAAAAUUAUUGAGUGUCGCUCAAACUUUUACAAGCUUGUCCAAAGUACGGCCGUAUUCUACAAAAAACAAUCAUUAUUCAUGAGCUAUGUCAUUAGAUAUAGUACAACCCGCUUAUGUUGACUUCCCGCAUGUGUCGACCAUCCCUGCAAGACCCGACCAACUGUGUUGAUACUAAAAAGUGCACACUUAAGUCCACUUCCACACACAUGGUCGACCGCUUCUGUUGACACAAAAUGUAUGUGAAAAAAUUCCUAGUUUACUUUCUUGCAGCAUGAAAAGACAAAAGCGACAUAACUACUCUUUAUAGUAACGCAGCAUCAAAACGUGCACACAGUUUAGUGCAAAAUAAGCCUAAACUAAAAACACAGUAGUAUUAACUUGGGUUCUACCACAGCAGCUAAAAACACGCACACAUACUGUACAGGCCAAAAGUUCGGACACACCUUCUCAUUUCAAUGCGUUUUCUUUAUUUUCAUGACUAUUUACUUUGUAGAUUGUCACUGAAGGCAUCAAAACUGUGACACCUGUGAAGUGAAAACCCUUUCAGGUGACUACCUUUUGAAGCUCAUUGAGAGAAUGCCAAGAAUGUGCAAAUCAGUAAUCAGAGCAAAGGGUGGCUAUUUUGAAGAAAAUAGAAUAUAAAACAUAUUUUAAGUUAUUUCACCUUUUUUUGUUAAGUACAUAACUCCAUAUGUGUUCAUUCAUAGUUUUGAUGCCUUCAGUGACAAUCUACAAUGUAAAUAGUCAUGAAAAUAAAGAAAACACAUUAAAUGAGAAGGUGCGUCCAAACUUUUGGUCAAGACAUACAACAAAAUUAUGCAUGGACAAAUACAGGAAAUACCCCAUUGGUUAAAAGAUUAAUAAGUGUGCAGGCAAUGGCUAGUUUAGGUAUCGGUUUUAGUUUACGUCGACAACUGCUUAAGUCGAGACAGUAAGUCAGUCUGAGGGAUGUCAACAAAAGCGGCUUCCUCUCUAGUACAGAAAUUCGCAACACAAAGCUAAGCUCAGUACAGUUAGCGUAGCAUAUUGUGACCUAUGCUACAUUGGAUUGAUUUUAGCAUCUUCAAUGUACAAAAUUGUAUCAAAAUGACCCUUCAAUUUUCAUGUAUGCAGCCGUCGUUUGUAAAAGUUGAGACACUCCUAUAUUCAUAAGUCCGUAACAUUUCUCUUCAGUGUUUUUUUGAACCAAAGAUGCACUUUAUGGCUUUCUCUUUGGCUCAAACCACAUUCAGUGUUACAUUUCAAUCCCAGUGUAAUUGACUGACUAUUGGGUCCUGAUUUGUUUUUGCGUUGUGCUUUAAUAUCCACCAGAGAUUGGCUUUCAUCAGUGUUUUCUUUCAGUUUGUCAAAAGAAUGUUGAAUGAAGAGCUUAAUUUGUUUCAUCGUGAAGAGGUGUUGAAAGAAUUUUUACAAGUGCCUUUAUCAUUUGGACUUUUUUUUUUUGUCACUAAGUGCUAUUUCGUGUCCCAACAAAAAUGUGCACUCUGGGCCUCGACUCGCCUUGUUUUUCUUUACACCUCAAGUCCUGCGUCCUUCAAAGAGUUUUGCCUUUAUGAAAACAAGUGUUUUUAGUCUGUCAUGUGUUGCUGGGAUGUAAUAUCAGACUGAGUAUAUAUUAAUGGAAUAUCCAGUAAAUAUUUUUUACUGGAAGUAAAGUCAAAAAGAUCUUAAACAAGCUUGAAGGGUAAAGUAAAUUUGACUAAGCUACAGUAGUUUUAAAUACUUAAUUCCAACAGUUUAGGAAAGUUCUUUCCUGCUCCAACGCACAUUCGUAGCCUGGUUCUCUUUCACCCUCUGGAUGGACACAAAUUCGCACAGUAGACACUUAAAAUGUUGGAGGAAAGCUGCCUGCAAAUAUGGAGUGCCGUAAAACUUAACACAAGAACACCUCUUUCACUGGUUUAAUGUUCAGAGAAACUUAUGCAGGCUUUGCUUCUUUCAAAAUAAAGCCAAUUUUAGUUCCUUC